AUAUGUAUUAGGGAGGGAAGAAGAAGAAGACGACGAGGAGGGAUAUCGGAACAGGUGGAGAAGUAAAGAGUAUCUGUUAAGCAAAUAUUGUACCAAUUGUGAAAGUGCGAGGGGAGCCAGUCCCUGAUACAGGCAUUGGACAUGGAGGAAGAUAUUGAGGUGGUAUUCGUUCUGGGCAAAUGGGAAGCUCGUGGGAUAUUUUCCCAAGCAGAUGUUCACCGUCAGGUAGCCAUUGUCUUCAGAACACCUGCUUUUCAACACACACAAAUACGGCAGACUGUCAAAGUGCAAAUGCAGCUGAGGCGGCCGUCGGAUAAAGAAGUCAGUGAGACAAUGGAGUUUCAGUAUCUUCCAGAUGAAGCUGACCCCCACCAUAUUGAGGAAAAACGGAAAAGGACCCUUGACAGUUUCAAGCAUUACGUGAAGAAGAAUCCUUUUGCAGGAGGAGAAACACGACCCCAACGCAGAAUUGCUGUGGCAAAUCGUAAUGUGCCAACAAAGUCAGAGCCUUUAACAGCAUCCAUAAGACCCAGCAUGUCGGUUCCAAAUCCAGGGGUGCCCUCUCUUCCAUUCUCCAUGCCCGUUUUAAAGGCUGAGAACGUGGCUUCACCUUUGACUCUUCGGUCCACCGUCAACAUCAGCGACUUCAGCAAUCUAGGAUUUUCAUCACAGCCUCCCCCUCAGUCUGAUCACGAACGCUUAGAAUCCAUUUUAAACUACCCCUCAUUCCCAAAUGUGGAUUUAGUAGAAAUGUUGCCGAAUGAGACGGAGAGCCGUUGUACCAGUUUGAGUUCUAUUGACAAUAGUGACUUUAGCCAGCUUCUCAGCGAGUCACAAACAUCUGGGACACUCUCCGCAGCUUUACAAGAGCCUGGAACUAGUCAAGGUACACUCAUGUCUUAUCCUCAAUCCAUUGCUCGGCUUAUGACCAACCGGCCCAAUGAGGAUGAUGGCGGCGAGAGAAUUGACAGUGGCCUAAUUAAUGGGAUUUUUGACAUUCAACCAGGAGGAGAGUCUUUAGCCUCGUUAUUUGAUCUUGACAUAUCUUCUUUAAUAAAUAACAUGAAAUAACUUGCUUUAUUAAUAUGAGCAUUAAGACUUGCCUAAAUUGCUUUGGGUCCUGUAUGUUUGUUCAAAUGCAAUAGGCUGGACUCCAGGCCACAAUUGUGUGUAUGAUCAUCUCUUCAACAUCAUAACAGACUCCCUGUAGAUACUUUUUAUCAAAUAUAUUUUAAAGAAUUCUCUUUUUCACCUCUGCUAAGACCAUGCAGAAUAAUAAUAAUUGUCUUAUAACAAGCUGCCACUCAUCAGUCAUUUAUAAGCAAGUUCAGUUGUAUGAUCUGCUUUUCUUUGGUGUUCAGUACAAUCCUUCUCAUUGCCUACACUGCGUGGGUCCAUUUUUUGAAACCUGUACCUGCAACCUGAUCCACAUGUUCCCGCUACCCGACCCGCAAUAGGCCAACUAACCUUCCGACCCGGGGGACAAGCAAAACCAGAAGUGA